UUCUAUUUGCUUCUAGUCCUAACUGAGAGAAAACGGCAGAAUUCCCAGACUUUUUUUUCUCUCUUUCUCUAGACUCUAGAAAGGUACUAGCUACUAAUCACAAGAUCACGAUCCUACCCUCCAUACCCUCAAACCGGUUCCUGAGCGUGAGGGUGGGGGCGCUCCUGUCCUUCUCCCCCGAGGCCUUAAAUUCAGCGAUUGUCCCUGGUUUUUUCUCGCUUCUCUAUUCUCCAUUCUCACUACAUGUUACCUUGACACGGAACACUCAUUCUCUGGUCAUUCUAGACCGUGUGGUCCCAUUGUACAAAUCAUUCACAACUCCCUUCUACACCCCUCGGUUCGGCUGAAGGUCGUCAGUUGCACUCGCAUGAUGGCUUCCGAAAAGGCGCAGGAUGCCAUUGGGCCAGCGGGGGAGUACGAUCCUCGCCGUGAUUCCACAGGGUCUGCGGCCAAGAUCAUCCACAAUGCCAGAGCGGCGACGGAGAAGGAACAUCGCAUGUCGCUCUGGGAAGGCAUCAAGACCUACCCCAAAGCCGUUGGGUGGAGCUUGCUGAUCUCCACCUGUAUUGCCAUGGAGGGCUACGAUAUCAGUCUCGUCAACAAUUUCUAUGCCUUCCCACAGUUCAAUCGCAAAUACGGUGAGCUCACCGCAGACGGGUCAUAUCAAGUGCCGGCUCGGUGGCAAGCAGGUCUUAGCAACGGCGCCGCGGUUGGAGAAAUCAUCGGUCUCUUCCUCAAUGGUUGGGCUUCAGAACGUUUCGGAUACCGCUACACUCUCAUUACCUGUCUCAUCUUGAUCACCGCUUUCACCGCCAUCUUCUUCACUGCUCCGAACGUUCAAGCUCUACUUGCGGCCGAAAUCCUCGCUGGUGUUCCGUGGGGUGUGUUCCAGACUCUCACAAUCACGUAUGCCUCGGAAGUCUGCCCAGUGGCUUUGCGUGGUUACCUGACCACCUACGUCAACUUCUGCUGGGGCCUUGGACAAUUGAUUGGUAUUGGAGUGAUCAGAUCAAUGAUCAAUCGUAAUGAUGAGUGGGCGUACCGCAUUCCCUAUGGCCUGCAGUGGAUGUGGCCUGCGCCGUUGCUUCUUGGCAUCCUCCUGGCCCCGGAAUCCCCAUGGUGGCUUGUGCGCAAGGGCAGGACCCAGGAGGCUAAGAAGGCAUUGUUGCGAUUGACCACUGUGCAGGAAGACUUCGACGCUGACGAGACCAUUGCCAUGAUGGUUCAUACGACUGCACUGGAAGAGAAGAUCACCCAGGGCACCAGCUACCUCGACUGUUUCAAGGGCACUGACCUGCGCCGAACGGAGAUUGUCUGCAUGGUAUGGGCUAUGCAGAACUUGAGCGGCAACUCCUUCUCGAAUUACUCGACCUACUUCCUCGAACAGGCCGGCUUGGACGCGUCCAAGGCCUACUCUUUUGCUAUGGGCCAGUACGGCAUCAACAUGGCGGGAGUCUUCGGCGCAUGGUUUCUCAUGACACUGGGCGUUGGACGCAGAACGCUGUACCUGUGCGGUCUCUGCGGUCUCUGUGUCAUGCUCCUCGUCAUGGGCUUCCUCGGUCUGGUACCAGAGGCGCACCGGGACCAGGCAUCUCUCGCCACGGGCUCUAUGAUGAUUUGCUGGGCGCUGGUCUACCAGCUGACGGUGGGAACGGUGGCCUACUCUCUCGUUGCCGAGAUGUCCACCCGCCGCCUGCAGAUCAAGACCGUCGUCCUUGGCCGCAACCUGUACAACGUCGUGGGUAUCAUCUGCGGUGUCUUCACGCCGUACAUGCUCAAUCCCGGAGCUUGGGACUGGGGUAACUACACUGGCUUCUUCUGGGGAGGAAUCUGCUUCCUCUGCAUCAUCUACACUUACUUCCGUGUUCCUGAGCCCAGAGGCCGGUCGUUCGCCGAGCUGGACCUUUUGUUCGAGCGUAAGGUCAGCGCAAGAAAGUUCUCCAGCACGCAGGUCGAUGUCUUCGAUGAGACCGUCGAGAGCCAGGUGGUGAGCGAUUACCAUGCCCAACAGAUGGCCGGGCUCGGUGUGACCCCAUUGGAGAAGCAACCGGGGGGAUAACGCUUGUUGUAUGAUUGAUGAAUUGAGGUGCCUCGGCCCUUUUGGAGAUAUGAGCCCGGCUGAGAUCCGGACAUGAUGUACUGUACAUAAUCUUAUUCACGCAAUAUAAUUGACGCUUCUAACGCCACGUGCCGGUCCAUAUUAUAUAUGAUGUCAAGCGCAU